AUGUCGGACGCCCUCGAGUGGCUCAUUGAGCAUGAGCCGGGCUUUCGCAAAGCACGCGUGCCAGCCCUCUACUCCGACUUCCGCGGUCUUCGCUCCACCAAUCCUGACGGAUACCAAGCCAACAUCUCCGCGUGGAGACGCGGCCUCGCCGGCCUCGUGCGCGCUGGCCUUGCUCCCACCGGGUCUGGCUCGUCGCCUAAUCCCAACCACGUUGUCCUGAAGGCCGACGAGUCGUUGCUGCGAGCUCUAGAGAGCAAGCAAUAUGGCCGACCGCUGGCCCUUGGCGCUGUUAUCCGAGAGGCGACACAAGAGAGAGACUUAAUACCAAUGCAAGACUUCUUGAAGGCCAACGAGAGCAUAUACUACAAACCAUGGAGCUCGAUACCAUGGGGCAUCGCCUCGUGGGGCUUCAGGCACCUGGGCCUGACUGGGGCCUUCACUUUCGGCGGGGAUGACAGGCUGCCAGGUGGGCAGUUCGUGGUCGUCGCGAAUGUGGAGGCUGCCUCUAAGGCGGCACUCGAGCAGACGGCGGGACUGACCUCGCGGUUCGAGAGGACAUUCUCGAAAGUUCAGUUCCAGGCGGAAUUCAAGGAUUCUAUACUGAAGGGCCAGCAGUUGUCCGAGACGGACAUGGAGGUCCUGCUGCGCUUCAUGUCGAGGGACCAGGGCGUGCUACUCUACGACGGCAAGACAGUCAAGAUCAGGAAUCCCGACGACCAGGAGUCGGUGAUCACAGCGGAGGACGAGACAAUAGCAUCGCUCAGGGAGCUGGCCGAGUACCUGAACCAUCAGACGACAGUGCUUGAUAACAAGAUCGAGGAGCUCACCAUGACAGCAAGACAGGCGGUGGCUAAGAAGAACCGCGUCUCGGCCAUGGCAGCUCUGAAGUCCAAGAAGCUGGCAGAAUCAUCCUUGCAACAGCGGUUCGCCACACUCAGCCAGAUCGAAGAGGUCUCGGCGAAGAUAGAGCAGGCAUCGGACAAUGUGCAGCUGGUGAAGGUCAUGGGCGCGAGCACCGAGGUCCUGAAGACACUGAACGCGCAGGUCGGAGGCGCCGAGCGCGUGGAAGAGGUCGUGGACCAUAUGCGCGAGCAGAUGGGCCAGGCCGAUGAAAUAAACAGUAUCCUCGCAGAGCAGGGCCCCGCGGUCGACGAGGAAGAGCUCGACGACGAGCUCGAGGCGAUGUUGCAGGAGCAGACGAGCAAGGAAGAGGAGCUCGAGCGGUCGAGCAGGGAGGCCGCGGAGCAGAAGGAAGCGGAGGACAUCGCGAGGAGACUUGCUGAUCUGGAUGCCCCGCAUGCCAUCGCGGACAGGAGCCAGGAGACUGACGGGCUCUCAGGGGAGAUGAGUAAAAUGUCGCUCAAGGACGAGCCCCAGAGGGAGGAGGCGAGCUAA